CCUUACGUCACCGGGCUGCGCCGCGCGCCGCGUGACGUCGCUGCGACCCGCCUUCCGGAAGGAAGCGCGGGUGGCUGACCAUGGCGACUGCCGCGGAGCAGUGGGUUCUGGUGGAGAUGGUCCAGGCGCUCUACGAGGCUCCUGCUUACCACCUUAUUUUGGAAGGCAUUCUAAUUCUCUGGAUAAUCAGACUUCUGUUCUCUAAAACGUACAAAUUACAAGAACGAUCUGAUCUUACAGGCAAGGAAAAGGAAGAAUUGAUUGAAGAGUGGCAGCCGGAACCUCUUGUUCCUCCCGUCUCGAAAGACCAUCCUGCUCUCAACUACAACGUCGUUUCAGGGCCCCCCAGCCACAACAUUGUGGUGAAUGGAAAGAAAUGUGUCAACUUUGCCUCCUUUAAUUUCCUGGGAUUGCUGGAUAACGCUCGGGUCAAGGCGGCGGCUUUGGCAUCUCUGAAGAAGUACGGCGUGGGCACUUGCGGACCUAGAGGAUUCUAUGGCACGUUCGAUGUGCACUUGGAUUUGGAGGACCGCCUGGCAAAGUUCAUGAAGACGGAAGAAGCCAUCAUCUACUCCUACGGGUUUGCCACCAUCGCCAGUGCGAUCCCCGCUUAUUCCAAGAGAGGCGACAUCGUGUUUGUAGACAGAGCCGCCUGCUUUGCCAUUCAGAAAGGGUUGCAGGCCUCCCGGAGCGACAUCAAGGUGUUUGAGCACAACGACAUGGCCGACCUGGAGCGCCUGCUGCAGGAACAGGAGGCGGAAGACCAGAAGAAUCCUCGCAAGGCCCGGGUCACCCGACGUUUCAUCAUCGUGGAAGGGCUGUAUAUGAACACGGGGACUAUCUGUCCUCUCCCGGAGCUGGUUAAACUAAAAUACAAAUACAAAGCAAGAAUCUUUCUGGAGGAAAGCCUUUCGUUCGGAGUCCUGGGGGAGCACGGCCGAGGCGUCACGGAGCAUUUCGGGAUCAAUAUUGAGGAUAUCGAUCUCAUCAGUGCCAACAUGGAGAAUUCGCUCGCUUCUGUUGGAGGGUUCUGCUGUGGCAGGUCGUUCGUGAUCGACCAUCAGCGACUUUCCGGCCAGGGGUACUGCUUUUCAGCCUCACUCCCCCCGCUGUUGGCUGCCGCUGCGAUCGAGGCUCUCAAUAUCAUGGAGGAGAAUCCAGGUAUUUUUUUAGUUUUGAAGGAAAAGUGCGAACGAAUUCAUAAAGCUUUACAAGGCAUUUCUGGGUUAAAAGUGGUGGGGGAGUCCCUUUCUCCAGCGUUUCACCUACAGCUCACAGACAGCACCGGGUCUCGAGAAAAAGACGUUAAACUACUUCAGGAGAUUGUAAAUCAUUGCAUGAACAGAAGCAUCGCGUUAACGCAGGCACGCUACCUGGAGAAGGAAGAGAAGUGCCUCCCUCCCCCAAGCAUCAGGGUUGUGGUCACGGUGGAGCAGACCGACGGGGAGCUGGAGAGAGCCGCGCGCACCAUCAAGGAGGCGGCCCGGGCCGUGCUGCUCUAGGUCGGGGCCUCGGGCCUGCUGGGCGGCCGCCACACAGCACACGCACGGGCCUCCACGUCACUGCCUUGUGACCUGGGCGGGGCCUGUGGGGACCUGCUGGGGUGGCCGCCGGCCGCGUGGGUGCGGAGGAUGCUGGCUAGCUUUAAAAAGGAAACACUGAAAGUCCAGGAACGGAUUUUUUUUUUUUAAGAAGAGAACUAAUGACAGCAGAUAACUGGUAUUUAAACUGUGCUAUUUAGUGUUAUUUAAGUGUUCUACUGUACUAGUAUUUUGUAUUCUUUUUUUGUUGUUUAAAAAUGGAGCUUCAGUUCACCUCCUCCCUCCAGUAGCAGAGAGCGAGCAGCAGUCCUUAGUGUUUGCUCGACUUACGUCUCUGCAGUGCUCGUGCUGGAGGGACGCCCGUCCGGCUAGGACACAACCCCCUUCUCGAGGGUGUGACUCAACCACGUCUCAUUCAGCCCUCGUCCAGCCCUCGUCCAGCACAGCUCAGCGGCGGCUGAUGUAUAAGGAAACACUUUUGUGUGAUUAUGACAAACUUUUCGUUGUAAUGUAUUUGAAUCCCAGAAUUUUUACAUACACUAAAUAUUGAUGUUACCCCAUUUCUAAUACCUGAUCUAACAUCCCUAACCAGGGAGUGAGUAGUCACUGUAUUUCUUAAGUGAUCAAUAAUUUAAGUCGAGUACUGCUUUAUUUUAAUAGAAUUGGCCUUCACAUUUAUUAUGUGUUGACUUCUAAUCUGUUUGAGGAAGAGGGUCACUGUGAUGUUCCCAGAAUAGAAAUCAUGUCCUUGAUAUUUUAGAAUAUCCUGAAUGUAGUCCUUCUUUGUGGAGUGGGUUUGCCUGAGGACAUGUAAUGACAGUCUUUUUCGAAGUGAAGGAAAUUUACUUUUCCUGUUAGCUUACGGAUUUCAAAUAUCUGAAAAUGUGAACGCACUAAACAUAACGUUUUUAAGCUGUUCAGCUGUUUUUCUUCAGCAAACCAGGUUCGGUGGUGUAAACGUUUGUGCUGGGUGCCACGGGGUAGUGCGUAAACACUACACCAUUGAUUCUUGUCUUAGUAAAGGUAAAGGAAUAAAAUUGUUUAAAAAAAAGUGUAAGAAUGCCAUUUUAUAGUGUGUUCAUGGUAACAAAUGGUCUUCACCGUCUGUUUGAAUAACCUAUUUUUAAUGUUUAGUUUCUGCUUUGCUGGAGGUAUUUUGUACGCACGUGCCUUGUGAUUGCUGCUGCUUUGAAGGACAUGGGACUGUCUUUGGGGAUGAAUCUUUUGCUUUAUUUUUUAAUGAAAUAAACCUACAUUCCUAAUAA